GCACACUAAUUCAAAGCUUUGUUUGCCUACAGUCUUAUGAGAAGAUAUGAACAACGUCAUUUGGAAGGUUCUUUUUGUCUCAUUGCUCAUGACAUUUGAGCACAUGAGCUGCAGUGAAGACCAAUCAUUUAAUGACGCCUCAGUGCUUAGACUACCACAAUCAUAUCGCAUUGACUGGAUGAGAUCCAUUGAUGACAACAAGUUGAUCUCUGACAUCACCAUUCCCGGCACCCAUGACACCAUGGCCCUUCACGGUGGCCCGGCUGCAGAAUGCCAGGCCUGGUCAUUGGCAGAUCAGCUAAGGGCAGGCAUACGCUAUCUGGAUCUCCGGGUGUUUGCCUUUGACCAUAAGCUCUACAUCAUGCAUGGUGUGAUUUAUCAGCACACUACAUUUACUGAUGUGCUGAGCACUCUUCGGGACUUUCUAAAGGAGUACAGGAGUGAAGCUGUUUUCGUGAGGGUAAAACCAGAUGGCCAACUGUUUGAUAAAGAUGAGGUUGAGGGGUUGGUUGAAAAGCUCAUUGUUGGUGAUGAAGAUUUCUGGGUUGAGUCAGCUAUACCAAGGAUGGGUGAGGUUAGAGGCAAGAUUGUGUUACUGCAGAAAGACAGCUUUAAGUUAGGUAUUCCAAUUCUGGGUACUGACAAGAAGGGUGACUACGAGGUUACCCACAUUCCUGAGAAAGAGCGUAUGAUCGAGACACAUUUGAAAGAGGCUGAGGGAGCCUGUGGUGGUGGGGAUUAUGUUGUACUGUCUUACUCCAGUGGGACUGGCAUUGGCACACUGGAGGGCAUGUUUUUAACGCCAAAAAGAGUAGCUGAGAAAAUUGAUCCUUGGUUCUAUGGCUAUCUGAAUAAGCUUGACCCAGAAAAGGGAUCCUGUUUUGGCAUCAUUGCCAUGGAUUUUCCUGGCUUAAACCUCAUACAAACUGUGAUCAACCUAAAUACAUUUUAGAUGUUAUACCAAAUGUGUAAUCACUAAUCAAAUCUAUGCAGAAUAUAAUAUAUAAUCAAAAGACUGCAUUGUAGUCAGCAUAUGUUGCACAAAUACAAAUCCAUUUGCAUGAUUUUAAACCGUGAGAACCUUUCAAUCAAAUAGCUUAUCCUCUAAUAAAGUGAUAGUUGAGGGCACUCUUGGAAUGUGAUUUAAAACAUCAAUUGUUGUUUAUUCAGGGAAAACUGACUGAGCAUUAAGCUCUUUUACAGCAAUGCCCUGUGUUUACAAACAAAGAGAAUCAAACAAAAACAAUUAUGUAGACAGAUGAAGACACAAAUAAACAAAUAGACCCAAAAAUACAAUAGAUAGAGCGGCGUGACUCGCCAGCAUAACUGUAACUCAGAACACUUAUUUUAAAUAAGGCUAACAAAUAAUAAUAAAAUGUUUAAAAAAAAAAAAAAACUAAACAGAUGUUGUUUAACUCAAAGUUGUAUCAACACUUUAUCAUGGCCAGUUUGUCAUGUAUUGUGUAUGGUGACAUUCCUGAUGAUUUCUUAUGAAAAAUCAUGACAGAGUGAAAAACUGUGAUUAUUAAAUAAAGACUUUUGUGACACACACUAAAUGUCCCAUUUAUUGCAAUCUGUUUGUUCCAAUUUUGAAAAUUGAAUGUCUGUCAUUUCUGUAGCUCUAAUUUCUGUAACAAUGUAUUUUAUAUCUGAGAUCUAUAAGAGAUCUUGGACCAUUUUAAGAUGGUAUUCAAAAUAAAUAUUCUAACAACAAGUAUACGUAACAAAUAACCACAGUUUUGAAAACGAACGUUAAGGGUUGUUUUAAGGACAUGUUUGUGCAUGCCCAUAGCCAGCCACUCUGAAAUAGUCAAAGGCGA